GAGUAACAGACGUAAGCUUUUCUAAAUUUGUAAAUAAAUGGAAUAAUAGAUAGCUGUUGCAAAACUUAUAACGAGUAACAGUCAACUUUCGUUUUCGAAAAUGCCAGGUAAUAGAAAUCGUAGUGGGAAGGCACCCAAAGAUGGCCAGACACAUGGGGAAGACUCAAAUACAGAUAUAAACCUUGUUGAUGAAUCAAGUCCAAUCAUACAGGCUUUCAAGCAAUACCAGAAUGAACUCGACACCAAACAUGAUAAACAUGAGCGAUUGGUCAAAUUAAGUCGUGAUGUUACACUUGAAAGCAAAAGAGUUAUAUUUCUGCUACAAAGAAUUGCUGGCGGCACUGACGAGAACAAAAACAAUGUCUUAAAAGAGGCAGAUACAAAACUACAAGCAAUUCAAGAUGACCACUUCAGAAAGAUCGCAUUAGAGCUAGAUGGGGAAGACCCCUAUCAGUUCCUUAAAGCUUAUACUGCAGGCAUGCAGGAAUAUAUUGAAGCAGUAACAUUCUUCCAAUAUCACAAAGAUCAGAGUCUCACAAAUCAUCUUACCAUACAACGACAGUUACAGUUCACACAGAAUUGCCCUACAGAUGAAACGUCAAACAGUACACUGCCAAAUGUUGAGAAUCCAAAACUUCCGAAAUUAGAUAUACAAGACCAACCAGUUAAACCACUUGAUAGUGCUUCAUGUGAAUCUAGUUACCAUGACUCCCAAAUCUCUGCCAUAAAAACAAUAGAAGUCUUAGUGACUCCCCUGGACUAUAUCCUAGGUGUCGCCGACCUUACUGGAGAAAUUAUGAGGCUUGCAAUCAACAGUGUCAAGACUGGAAACGCAAACUUUCUCUUCCAGCUAUGUGAUUUCAUGCGGGAAAUCCACAAUGCAUUUAUAUCAUUUGGAAAUAUUCACCGGGAGAUUAGGCGGAAGUUAAAUGUAUUGCAACAGAGUUUGAAGAAGGUGGAGACUGCGUGUUAUACGCUACAGAUCAGAGGUUCUGAGAUUCCAAAGCAUAUGUUAGCUGAUGUGCUUAGUGGUAAAACUAUGGAUGGCCCAGUGUAUCGAGACUUUGAUCAAGAUGAACCUCAGGACCAAUAGAUGGAAUAAAAAAUCAUGUUUUUGGGAAACAUUCCAAAAGGAAAGCAAAAUGAUACAUAGCAGACAACAUUGGCUCAUUAAAACGAGUGUCAUAUUACUGAUAUCAACAGUGAUGAAAAAUGGAAAAUAAGAUGAAUAAAAAACCCUUUGUGGAUAUCCCAAUAAAUUGGACUGUGCUACUUUUACUACUGAAAAACUGACAGUUUUGAGAGUAUUGAGUACGCUAGUAUAUUAGAUAUGUCAUCCAAAAUCACCAUAGUUAGUAGAUAACUUUGCAUUGAUAGUUUGAGCUAUGAUUUUACUUUUCCAGAAAUCAUUAGAAACUCUCAACCAAAUAAAAUAUUAUUCUAAAGCACACACAGUGAUCUCCCCAGCAAUAAAGCAGGUUGGCGCAGCACCCACUUAAGAUUUUAAAAACAGGCUUGCACCCACUUGAAAAUGAGAAAAAUCAUGAAAAAUGGGCAUAUUUUGACCAAUUUAGGUGUGAAUUGUUAAAACAGAAAUUGAGAAUUUC